GUGGGACACGUGAUUGGAGACCAACACAAUGAAGGCGAUCGUUCAAAGAGUAACGAAGGCAAGCGUAUCAGUUGGAGAGGAGCAGAUCAGUUCAAUAGGCAGAGGACUCUGUGUGUUGUUUGGCAUCUCAGUUGAGGACACACAGAAAGAUGUUGACUACAUGGUACGUAAGAUCCUGAACUUGCGUCUGUUUGAGGAUGAGAACGGGCGUGCCUGGAGCCGCAGCGUGAUGGACAGAGAGCUAGAAGUGUUGUGUGUGAGUCAGUUUACUCUUCAGUGUAUCCUCAAGGGAAAUAAGCCUGACUUCCACUCCGCCAUGCCAGCUGAACUGGCACAGCCUUUCUACAACAACAUACUUGAGCAACUGAGAGUGGCGUAUAAACCAGAGCUGAUCAAAGAUGGGCAUUUUGGUGCAUAUAUGCAGGUACACAUUCAAAAUGAUGGACCUGUGACCAUUCAGCUCGAGUCUCCUGCUCAUCCCACAGAUCCUAAACAGCUGUCCAAGCUAGAGAAGCAACAGCAGCGGAAAGAGAAAACACGAUCGAAAGGCCCCUCUGAGUCCAGAGAGAAAGGAGCGCUGCGCUCAAAAGGAGAUCCCAAUGCGAGCAGCGGAGCAGAGGGCGAUGUGUCAUCUGAACGGGAACCAUAAAAUACCUCAGGAUUUUGAAGCUCACAGAUGAGUCCAGCUUCCAGAGGAUUGCUGCUGUCUUCAGGGACAUCUGUCUUUCUGUCUCAUUACUGUCAUGGUCAGCUGUCUGAAAUGUUGUGCCCAUUUCUCAUUCAUACUAGAACAAGUGGCAGCUCAAUUACUAGUAGAGAAAAAAAGACAUAUGGUAUAUUGGUGCCACUUUUGGACAGCAUAUCUGAAUAUUUAGUUUGUCAUCUUAUUCAUUUAAAGGGAUAGUUCUCCCAAAAAUGAAAAUUCUCUCAUCAUUUACUCUACCUCAUGCCAUCCCAGAUGUGUAGGACAUUCUUCUGCUGAACGCAAAUAAAGAUUUUUAGAAGAAUAUUUUAGCUCUGUAGGUCCAUACAAUGCAACAUUUUUACGCUCCAAAAAGCACAUAAAGGCAUCAUAAAAGUAAUCCAUAUCGUCAGAAGUGAUAUGAUAGGUGUGGGUUUAAUAUUUCAUUGGGGGUUGGGGGAGAAGGGGGGCCCCACCAAGUAUGAUUUUGCUAAAGGGCCACCAUAUGCUCCGGAUUGGCCCUGUGUGAUGCAAUGGAAUUUGAAAUUGGGCGGUUUAUAGAUUAAGUCACACUUGAGUUCAUACUCUUAGACAGCUAACGAAGCAAAAAUUGAGCUAUUAUGAGGUAGCCUACUUCAUUGCAUAAGAGUUUUAAGUAGACAAAUGGUAAAAGAUAAUUUUUUUAAUGUGAAAAACAGCUGUUUUCCUGUACUCCACCUGUUUUUCAAAUGUGAUAAUUUACCCUUGGACUGUUAAUGUUAAAGUGUAUUGAUAGGUACAGUAAGUGAUCAGACAUGCUUGCAUUUUUUUUUAAGAAUGGGCAUUGCAUCUGAAGCAAUGUAGGAGAUUAAUGAUAUACAUAGCAAAGUAAAAGAAAUGUAGAAGUUACAAUUAAAGGUAUAAUCAAUAACAGCUAUGGCUAUACAUAGUCAUAGAAAUAUUGGUUAACUUUAAAGUCUUAAUCUUCAUUUAUACCAAAUUCUUAUUUUUAAUGUUGUAAAUUUGGUAUUUUUGUAUUUUUUGCAGUUUUCACAGAUAAUAAUACAUUUAAAAAAUAAGGUUUAUGGGGAUCUGGGAAUAUGAAAUUUUAGUUCCUUACUGAAAAAAAUUUAACUUUUAUUUUGUAUUAUUAUUAUUUGUGUUAAUUAAAAAUUUCGAUAGCGUUACAAAUCUGAAAUGGCUUGGCUCCUUUGAUUUCAAGGUCAGUAAUGUAUUCUAAAUGCUUUGGAUUACUUCUUCAGCACAUGUAGAUUUUUCACUUGUUUUGAUAAAACAAAGACAAAAUGCACAUGUUUAAAAUGCAUUCUCUGAAAAACCUAAAUAUAUUAUGCAGUGUUGUUUCUAAAACAAGAUCAAUCAAAUUGAUCUUGUUUUAAGGAUUUUUAGAUAUUUUUACAGGAAAAUGAUACAAAAAUGAUCAAGAAUACGAUUUUUGCCCUAAUAUCUUACUAGAAAAAGGAAAUUAUGAUUCAACAUGAAUUUUCUUGAAAAAAAUGAUGAUCGUGACUGGUAACGUGCAUGUAAAUGGUUAGAAAUAGCAUUUUAGCUUAGCAUAAAACUGACAAUUUACACAAGGUUUUUUCUAUUUCUUCUGCGCCAAACUUACUUAAAACGUCUCUUGCCUGCUGGUAUGAAUGUAACACAUCUUAAGAAAGUGUUUCACCGCUGUUCAAAUGCACUUUGGAUUGCGUCAUUUAUAUGUAUAAAUGUUUUCCAUCUGAAAGGACUAAAUAUUAAAUAAACAAAGGACAAUAUAAUGCAAAGUAAUCUCUUCAGUAAUCAAAAUACUUUUUGAAUGUAACUAUUCUAAUUACCAAUUAUUUAAAUUAUAACUGUAUUGGAAUACAGUUACCUAUAUUUUGUAUUUUAAAUACGUAAUCCCGUUACAUUUAUAUCGUUACACCCCAACCCUAUAUAAUCUUAAAGUUGUCUGGCUUUGCUUUUUAGUCACGUGAUAACGAGGAUGUUACCCUUCUAGGCGCAGCCGCUCAGAUGGGACGCGUCUGUCAAACUAUCGGAGAAGAGAUCAACAAACUCCUAGGGAUCUCUUUGGUCUUCAUCUGUUUAGCAAAUCAUAACUUCUAAAGUGUUGGAAGAACCAAUAUUGUAUCCUCAAAGGUGACUGUUGGAGAGAGGAUCUCCGGUAAUAAAAUGAAAAGUUCUUGUAUAGGCAUACUGGUAAUUGUAUUGCCGAGGCCUAUGCUAUUUCACUCUCUCGCCGUUUCUUACACACUAAUUUUCAUUUUUCAGAUGUUCUGUAGAACAUAUUCAUAUUUAUCAUGUUCACUUGCAAUAACACCUGCAUAACACAAUAUCCAAUCAAAUAUAAAUCUGUUAUAAAUAUGAAUCCUAAACAGAACAUGUUCAUUAAAGUCGUACAGAACUUUUAAAGCAUUGAGUGUUUCACAGUUUUUAUUCCUAUUAUGUUGGAUUAGGGGUUUAUGAAGAGAGGAAUGUACAAUACUGUGUAUAUCAUCAAUAUAAUUUGUUGUAAUCUCAUUUUACAUCACUGCACCUAUGAAUUGAGUGGAUGCAUUUUAAUAUUUGAUUUCCAAGUCUGUUUGAAGAUUCAAGCUAUACGCGACUUCAAAUUUGCUUCCUCUUGUGUAAAUGUGAAUUGGAGUAUGUAAAAUAUGAAAUGCUUCUAUUUUGAGGCAAGAAGUCUUUGUUAAAAUGUCAAACAUAGAAAA